UGAAAGAAAAUUUCACAAUGAGCCAAGGCGCUGGGUGUAGCGGACGACAUGCUACAGCUGAGGACUGCGGUGAUUCAUCUGGUGCUGCCACAAACUACAUCUGAACCAGAAUGCGGUGCCUUUCAUAAGUGAAAUGUGUCAGUUUGUGAUGAGUUUCCUUCUUCCUGGCCUUUGACACUUUGCUGGAAAUCAAGGCCAGCUGUUGGCUUUCACUUUUGCUAACACUAGCGCCGUUCCAGCUUUUCCACAUCUGGCAUAACUGUCCCUUCAUUCUUAUUUUCCUGCCUGUAACAUAAUCAAAAUCAAUUUUUAUUUCAUUUUCAGACAACAGUGUUGUUGUUUCGGACAAACUCCGAGACAUAAACGGGGACCAACGUUGUCGCCACAUGUGUGCCCUGUGGUGAAACGGACGCUUGUCUGUUUUCUGGCCCACUACAACUCCUCUCUCUUUUUGUCUUAUCUUCGGUUUAGGGAGAGCAAAUGUUUCUGUGUCUGUCGCCGCUGCAGUAAACAAUUCAGAUAAAGCCACAUUUGUUUGAGCUCCUCCCGAGGAAAGUUACCUGUGGCUUCUGUUUAAAAAAAAAAAAAAAAAAAAUGUGUAUACGCACACGGGGCCAGCUGCUGUCCCGUGUGAUACCCUCUACUGAAAGGGCUGUGUGGCACAUGUGCUGAGAGGUGAUGGACAGGGCCUGGCCUCCUCCUGCUCCUAUCGCUCCCUGUUAGCGCCUCCUCUCCUCCCCUACUUCUCGCUAAUCACAGUUGACAGGGCCCUGUGUAAGCCCAUGGAUAGAAAGAGCUAUGCUGACCUGUCUUGGUCUGGGGGAACGAGCACAGGUAGAGACAUGAUUGAAGGAAGGAAAAAAAAAGAAACACAAGGGGUUGUAAAUGCAAGAGCGUGCGUGGCAGAAACAUGCAGGGAGCGAAUCAAGAAAGAGACAAUAAAACGACUACAUGCACAACUGAUUUUUUUUUUUCAGCAAACAUCAGCUUGCUUUGCCUCGUUGUGGAUGCCUUUGUGCACAUGUCGCGUAUAUGCACUUUAUGUGACAGGCUGUAACCCCAGGAGAGCUUUGCGUGGACCUCCGGGAGGCGUGUGCCUCAUGAACUGUGAACAUACAGUAUGUACCCACGCACCCGGAAGAUCUGACGUUCUUGAUGCAAACCCUCCACUGUGACGUGCCGCUUAUCAUCAGUAACACUUAAAGUGGCAUGGCGGGAUAAAUAUUUCAGUGAGCUGGUGAAGUGGGGACAUUAGGGCUCAAGCAGAAGGCCAACCGCGCGACUAUUCUGGGAAUUUCCCUGCGCAAACCGUGCGCACGCUGAGCUCCCCUUUCUGCAGUCGCACUCCUCGCCCAAUUAAAAAUGGAUUCAUGCGAAGGCGGCGUGAGGCCCUCAGGUUGGCUUGGUGACCUUGCGAAAAUACUACAACCACAACCACAAAUCAAAACGUCCGCAGUCGGAUGAAACGUGAUCUGAAAUGUUUGUUCCUAAAUACACCAGAUUUAUUCCAGUCAGAGAGAAACUCAAAGGAAAUACAGGCCAGCACAAUUUUGUAUAAAAGUUUUUUUCCCCCUGCUGUUUAAAUAAAAAAAAAUAAAAAAAAAUAAGAUAAAAUAAAACAUAUGAGUACACUGCAUAAAUGUUUUAAGAUAAAGCUUAGAACAAUUUAAACAUUUGUCAGUGAGGACAACGCCUGCUGGGCUGGCUGAGGAGGAUUUGGGGGGUUCACUGCUGCUGUAAUAUCUUUCUGCCUGUGUGGAGCAGGAACUCGGGGGUGUGAAUGGGGCUGAGGCUCGCGGCUGCUUGGGGAGCUGGUGACAAACACUCCGGAUUUGCCCCUUCAAAACGCCGAGCAACAACCUGGAGGACACUCACCAAGGCAGCUUAAAUUUCUCGGCAGCGGGAGACUCUCGUAGCAUUUCAGGAGAACCUGGGAAGUGUCCAAACAAAUGGUUUACGGGUGAAUGUUCGCGGAGCGGGGCUGAUGUUUCGGAAGGACUGCUGCCUCUGCUGCUGCUGCUGCUGCUACUACUGCUGCUGCACGGACCGGGCCGUGCAACCACAAGGAAAAGAGAAUGACAGCAGGAAUCAAAGAGACGGCGCGCCACAAAGGAGGGCAACGCGGGACGUGUGCCUACGGAGGAGCAGUGCCCUAGAUCUGUGAAGCAUCUGACUUAUUCUGUCAUCCCGGCUCCUCUUAUGCUGUUUGGGGCGGCAGUUCCUCAUCCUGCACCUGGAAAAACAAAGAGAGAAAGCAUUCCCUGGCAGUGCGUCUCCAUGCGUAAAUGGAGAGGCAAAUGUGCGUAUGGGCUGCAGCCUGUUUUUUCAAUGCGCUUACAAUAAGUUAUGUUUGCUUUGCCACUAACUCAUGUGCUAUCCCAUGACGACACCGGUAUAGAUGCAUUAUAGACUUCCUCAUAUUUCAUAUCUGCCAUGAGUGAUGGCGAUGCCUGCAGACGCGUACAGUACCGGUGCGCAGAGUAGCACUUGUGAAAAAAGCUUCAGCGCACCGGAUCGCAAUGGUUAUGUGAAAACAUGUGUCAUCCCACUGUGCCGUGACCGAGGGUAUGACUCGUGGGUGAGGCUAAUGUUCACAAAAAUAUGGAGUUCCCAGAGAUUCCGGAGUGCGGUGUGUGUGGGGUCGCUUUCGGUCUUUCUCGCUCUGCUGGUCAAAUGUGCAGACUGGAAAGCUGAAGCCAGCAGCAGCAGCAGCAGCAGCAGCGCUGACAACAGACUCUCGCAUUCAUCGUCCCCCCUUCACUUCGUUUCAGGCUGCGCAGCGGAGCUGUUGCAAACUUGCUGGAGUGUGGUUUCGCCAUUGUUCACCCUCGUAUGUGCCUUCUUUUGGGUCGGUGUGUACUUAAUCCGCUGCGGGGUUCUGAUCCAGACCACCCUCUCUCUCCUAACCUUGUGUCACCUGGGUGAAGUAGCGGCGUGGUCUCUCCUUGACGGGACAGAUGAGCCGCUGUUUUCAUUCACCACAGCGGCCGUGGUUGUGCUCAUCUGCGCGGCCACCGGCGCACUCAUGGUAGCACGGCUGAACCAGGGCAUAUCGGUGGUUGUUUUCAUCAGCGUAGUCAGGACUAUUUCACUCUUCUCGCUGCACAAAGUGCGGGCCACUUGGAGACCGUACGUAGCGUACCUGGUUGGAGUGCUGGGCAUCCUGCUGGCGAGGUAUGCUGACAAGCUCCUUCCCAACCAAGGGAGACACAAGGAGGGCUGCACCCCCGUGACUGGAGCCAGGGAAGAGAUCCCUGUAUUUAAAAGGCGCAGGAGGUCCAGUUCUGUGAUAGCAUCAGACAUGGCACACAGUCAGUCCAACAGUAAGUCACAUCGCCGGACCUCUCUGCCAUGCAUCCAGAGGGACCAGAUGCUCUCCCGCUCAGAGUGGGACCACAAGAGAGGCUCCCGAGGAUCACAGUCGUCGGGCACCACUGUCUUGGUGGACAUAGCGGUGAUGGGAGAGGCCCACGGACUGAUCACAGACCUGCUGGCUGACCCGUCUUUGCCCCCCAACACCUGCACCUCGCUGAGGGCCGUCAGCAACCUGCUAACCACCCAGCUCACCUUCCAGCCGCUGCACCGGCCACGCCCUGCCCCCCUGCUCAACCCCAGCGAUGCCUACAUCUGCUCCGACUCAGAGGAGGGACCCGAGAAAGGAGAGAAGACAUCCAUCCACAAGCGCCUGAGGCGGAGUCUCCACCCCGGCCUUUUGAGGAGGAUCUCGUCCACGUGGACCACCACCACCUCCGCCACAGGACUGCCCACCAUUGAGCCAGGGCCCGUCCGCAGGGACCGCAGCGCCAGCAUCAAACCCUACCACGAGUCCCUCACCUGCAGUUGCGGGAGACCAUACAUCAAAUUGAGCCAUGGGGAAGGAUCUAUAGACAAAGGAGAUAGGAUACCACGAUCAGCAGAGGACCAAGUGGUUGCGUCGUCGGACUACGACAGCACCCACGAAGCCAACCACAGUGACAGCAGCGAUGUAGCACAUACAUGUACAGAGGAGGACGCGGAAGACGGGAAAACCCCGUCCCAGAAUGUAAUCCUCCACACAUUAAUACCUCCGGAGGACAAACCAAUUCUGGCGCCAGAGCCGUUAAUAAUGGAGGACUUGGAGCCUUUGAUGAGUCAGCUAAACAAUUGGAACUUCCCCAUAUUCGACUUGAUGGAGAGGACCAGUGGGAAAUGUGGACGGAUCCUCAGUCAGGUAUCUUACAGGCUCUUUGAGGACACUGGCCUGUUCGAGACUUUUAAGAUCCCUGUAAAAGAAUUCAUGAACUACUUCCACGCUCUUGAGAAUGGUUACCGAGACAUACCGUAUCACAACAGGGUCCACGCCACAGAUGUGCUCCAUGCCGUCUGGUACCUCACCACGCAGGCUGUGCCCGGCCUUCCAAGCCUCAUAACGGACCACGGCUCUGCCAGUGACUCAGACUCCGACAGUGGAAUAACACACAGUCACAUGGGCUUCCUGGUUUCAAAGACCUACACUGUGUCAGAAGAUGGUUAUGGCUGCCUGUCAGGCCUCAUACCUGCUCUGGAGCUCAUGGCCCUUUACGUGGCAGCUGCAAUGCACGAUUACGAUCACCCAGGCCGGACAAACGCGUUCCUUGUGGCCACCAGUGCCCCACAGGCAGUGCUCUACAACGAUCGCUCCGUCCUGGAAAACCAUCAUGCUGCCUCGGCCUGGAACCUCUUCAUGUCACAGCCGGAGUACAACUUCCUGGUCAACCUGGACCAUGUGGAGUUCAAACGUUUCCGCUUCCUGGUCAUUGAGGCCAUACUGGCCACCGAUCUGAAGAAGCACUUUGACUUCCUGGCAGAGUUCAACGCUAAGGUGGGUGAUGAUCCGUCCACAGGCAUCGACUGGUCCAACGAGAAUGACAGGUUGCUGGUCUGCCAGAUGUGCAUUAAGCUAGCUGACAUCAAUGGACCUCUGAAGUGCAAGGACCUGCAUCUGCAGUGGACAGAGGGCAUCGUCAACGAGUUCUACGAACAGGGUGAUGAGGAGACCAGCAUGGGCCUUCCUAUCAGCCCCUUCAUGGAUAGAGCAGCGCCGCAGCUGGCCAAACUCCAGGAGUCGUUCAUCACACACAUCGUUGGGCCACUGUGUAACUCCUAUGACUCAGCCUGCCUCAUGCCUGGGAGAUGGGUGGAACCCAACCCGGAGGCAGAGGAGCCAGAGAUCACGGAGAACGAGGAGGAGGAUGAGGAGGAUACUGCAGAGGAAGACACAUCCACCAGCUCAGAAACAUCACAGAAAGCAGCUACCAAGAAGAGGAGGAAAGUCUUCUGCCAGAUUACCCAGCACCUGCUGGAGAACCACGAGAUGUGGAAGAAGGUGAUCUCGGAGGAGGCCCAGAAACAGGGCCAGGGAACAGAAUCUGUCCAUUUAAACAAUGUAGCUGAACCAAUUCUGGCUAUUCGCGAGGAGGAAGAGGAGUCCGGCAGCAGAGAGGAGCUGGUAGAAGGAGAGGAUCCAGAGGAAGAAGUGGAGGAACCAGAGUGGUCCGUGUCUCUGAAGGAAGACUGUAAACCUCCAGAGGAACUAAAGGAGGCGGACCCACAGUGAAACUGCCCAUGACAUCAGUCAGGACAAGGACGUGAAGAAGUAUUACUUUUUUUCUUACCCUAUCAACUGACUCCUGUUUUUGCCAGCACAUCACUUAGACACAACACUGUAGAUGUUUGGGAAAUGUGUGCCUAUACAGAAAAAAAAAACAGGGUGGGAAAAUCUGUGCUUUACACAUUUUAUCUGAAUAUGCGGUUUCACCAAACAUUUAAAGGACCUUUCCAUAUUGCAAUACGGGAUUGUUCAUGUACUUUGGGAUACAGACUCUUUUGCUACUGUCAAGAGAAGAAGAAGACUGGUUGCACAGGCUUCGAGCCAGUGUGGUAACACAGGACUGCAGACGUUUGCUGCCAAUUUAUACAUAAUUAUUUUCUGAAUGCAGUUAUAUAUAGACAUCACAGUUACUUGUACUUGUGUUUUCAAUUCUAGCGUUAUUUUGUGGUCUCACCGGGGGCUGUAAUAUGUUUUAUUUUGUAUACAGUACAUAGAUUAUAAAGGGAGUCAGAGACAAAUGCGGACCAUUGGCGUAAUUUUCCUCCUUUCAACUUCUGCCAAAAUGAAUCAGUCACCGCUGGGCUUUAACAUACACAUUCAGACACAUGCUCAUAUUAUCUGUUUGUUGCCAAAUUAAGUACCAUUAUGUGGAGUCACAUUAUCUUAACACAGAGAUUUUAGGCUCGUCACUCUUUGUAUGUCCGUAUGUGUGCGCCUUGUUUGCUUGAAAGGAUUCUUUCACAUGCACUCCCCAAUUCCCCUGCAGAGGAUACAGAUGAAUUCAUCUAAUUACUGAAUAUCUGCACAGUGAAUAAAGGUAAACAUGCCGUAACCUCCACUGACGGGCGGCAGUUUGAAAUAAACAUGUGCUAAGUACAAGGCCAUUAAGAGACCUGACACAAAGCAUACACCAACACAACCAAAACGUGAGGGGAAUGUCAAUAAAGCUGGAAAUCAUUCAUUCCAAACAUUACAAAGUUAUUUUAAAAGGGCCACAUGCAGACUAACCACUUCAUUUUUCUUUCCUAUUAAUUUGUGACUGUGUUUAGACUCAGUGUGCUGUAUUACGCUCCAUACUCACUGAUCCUAUUUAUAUGAAAACCUCCAAAUGAUGCUGAUCUCCAAUCCUCAGGAAAAACCUUCAGCUGUUUAAAUUCAGAGUUAAAUUCAUACGAAUCGUCCGCCAGAAGAAAAAUCAUGAACGUUUAAAAACGCACAAGGGUACUAACAAUUUUGAAGUCUCUGUCAGUCUCUGUGAUCGUUGCAUAGUGAAUCUGUCUGAUUCCUCUCCUGGCAUCUCAGGGAGACAUUCACUCUUAACAGCAGGCAGCAGUCCAGAGUGCAUUAGUCGGACGUAGGUCAUACAAACACAAAUCACAACUGUUAUGGUGAUGAUACAUGACCAAAUUAUUCUGGACAAUUUAGCGAGAAAUUAUUUUUUACGUACAAAAAGGAGUUUUGAAUAUACUGAAGGCUGAUAAAAGCUAUUUUGGCAAAUUUCCAAAAUCAGCCAGUUGUGCGUCAGGUGACCCGUCUACAGCGCAAAUAUUCUCACAGCAGUGGAAACAAAAACAAUACUCUGAAAAAAAUAGUUUGCUGUCACUCAAUUUCUUUUCUUCUUAAAAUCCUAUAUGCUGCGGAUUCUGUUAAACCUAUUAAUUAACCAACGUAACAUUAAUGGCGAUUUGACUCUUCAAAGCAUGAAUUGAUUCAGUCCUUAUUCAUUUACGUCCACAUUGCUUCGAUUUUUACCAUUUUACCAAUAACGGUGGAAAAAAACUGCAUGUGUAGUAACGUUACAAUCACUGUGACAAUUUUUAAAAAAAGAGAAAGUUACUUUUUCAGUGAUGGGUCAGGACUGAAGUCACAACAAUAACUUUCACCUUAAAUAAAGCCAUAAUUACACAUGGAGGUUCACACAGUAAGAUGCCAAAAUGCCAACUUUCCUUUAAUAGCUCUACACUUUAGUGCUCCACACUGAUUUUGUGGCUCAAGACUCCUUUGCGAGGACACUGAGGCCAUAUGUAACAAAUAAUCCACUGCAAGAUUAGCAGUGUCUUCAUUUUGAUAUGUAAAUCUGAAUCUCCUAUGGGCUGUGCUCUCAUCCCCCAUGAUCACAUUUAUCUAAACUGGUCUUCAAAAAAAGCCAAACAAAACACACGCUUUGCUGGUUUUGGCUGAAAUCACAUCUAAAGAUCCAGACAUGUAGAACAUUGUGUCCCUCUAUCCGCUCCUCCACUAACACACUUUGUCGCCACACAAUGUUCUUGGCCGUAGCGAACUGCUCAUCCAAAAUAGCUGCCCUGUCUCUGCCACAGUGUCUGUCGCCGACACACACACACGCACACAUACACACAAGCUCGGUAAUUGGCUGACCUACGCAGUCCCUAUGUCAGACUAGAAUUGUUCGAGGUCAAUGAAUCAGAACAAAUGACCGUUGUGUAGCUUCGCCUCCUGUAUCUUAUACACUUCCCGCUUCAUGCCAAAUGAGCUGUAGCCACAAUACCAGAAAUAACUGACACAUUUAAUUUAAAUUAUGAAUAACCUGGUUAGCUGAGAUGAAAGCUCAUCUAAUCAUCUAAUUGGAAAACUAAUGUGCUUUCUUUCAUUUCUAUUAUGUAACUUCCAUACAGUUACAUAAUUGCGGCGCCUUCAAAAACUCCUGCUUUGUGAAUGUACAUAAAGUUCAGUAUACAGUAUAUGUGCACGGGCAAGAGAGUGCGCGUUUGUCUCUGUGUGUAUUUAAAAUCUUCCACCGGCCCCUCUAAUGUGACUCUGUCCUGUAUUUAGUUAUCUCGUACUGUUGCUCGUCGCUUUCCUUCACAUUGGUGAUGUAAUGGAGGGGAAAGUGAUGCAGAGAGUAGUUCUCCAUUUCUUCACAGAUGAAAUCAUCAUUCACAGACGGUCCUAUAGCAUAUUUCUCCUUGCGCUUCCUCUUUGAUCUGAGUGCUGCUCGCGGAGCAUUCGGCGCAUCUCUCAUCUUUAAAGGCAAAUGGAUUCUGUCCACUGCGUUAAUUUGGCGAUCUAAUGUUUUAUUUUUAGAGUGGAUGACCAACGCGUUAUAGCCCACAGUCACGUCUGUCUCAAAUCAGUAAUAGCAUUUGAGCUGAUUUCAUUUCUUUCCUCUUUUCUUUUUAUCUCGUUUUAUUUGACGCUUAUUCACACAUGUAGAAUAACUGUAACCAUGGGAACCAAACAAGCUUUACAAUUGUGUAAACUAAAUGAGUAUUUUUAUAUAGUUGACACAUGAUUAAAUAAUUAAUUGCUUUCUUCUCACUAGUACCUUGCACUUACCACAUGUACUAAGGAAGAAUAUGUCCAAAUACACAGUAUUUGUGAAAGUAAAAUAAUUAAUUUCCUUGCAGGUCGAUGCUCCAUUUUGUACAAUAUACAUAACUAUAUGCUGUACAGUAAAGAAAUUUUAAAACUACAAAAACUCUUUUAGAUAUACAUUAUUUAUUUUUACCAUUUUGUAAUUUAGACACUAUACUGUAGCUCCAAUAUUGCCAGACCUACUGGAAGUGCCUAUAUUGGUAUUAUGUAUCAUACAGUGAAUAUAUUUGAUGAUCAUUAGACGUUGUCACAAACUGAACCAUGUGGAUGUUGUAAUGUGAAUACAUUGAAUUAUAAGA